GAGUCGACGUAAUUAUGAUCUAAGUUGUGCAAUUUCUACGAUUAAAGGCUCUGUCUCUUCAUGUGAAGAAGACCGGACUUGAAUUGCACCUAUUGGUUGGUUCUCUCUCUGUUUCCAAAAUUUCAUUUUCAUUAUCAAAACGCAAAGCACCAGAGAGAAAAUAAAGCUUGAAUUUCAGGUUUGGUUAUAUUUUGAAGCAUCAGAAAUAUUAGUAGAAAAUCUGAGGUGUUACUGAGUAUUGGGUUUUUGGUUGCAAGUUCUAAGGGUGUGGAUAAGUUGCUUAUCUGAGAAUUCAAGUUUUAGAAUUGUGAUAGAGUAGUUUGAGUGUGUAUAAUAUCAUUACCAAAAAGAAAUCAUUGGAGAGUCGAACUCAGUAUUGGAUUUUGGGUUCUAGGGGGAAGGAGUGGUGGUUUGAAACUAGUUUGAGUGUUAUUUUUUGUGGCUUUGAUUUCUAUGCAUUUAUUGUAAGUAAAAGAUGUAUAGCAAUUUUAAGGAGCACGCAAUAGAGUAUGUGAAGUAGGCAGUUCAGGAGGAUGAUGCCGGAAACUAUAGCAAAGCAUUUCCGCUCUAUAUGAAUGCAUUAGAGUACUUUAGGACUCAUUUGAAGUAUGAGAAGAAUCCAAAGAUUAAGGAAGCGAUUACUCAAAAAUGUAUGGAAUAUUUGAAGAGGGCAGACGAGAUAAGGGCCAUUCUCGAUAAUGGGGAGAGUGGGCCUUCCCCCAGUGGUGAUGCAAUAGUUGCUAGCCAACCAAAGACAAAGUCGAAGGGAGGAGUGGGGAAAGAUGCGGAGGAUCUAGAGCAAGCAAAGCUUAGGGCUGGCCUUGAUUCUGUGAUAAUCAGGGAGAAACCAAACGUGAAGUGGAGUGACGUGGCCGGGCUUGAGAGUGCCAAACAGGCAUUGCAAGAGGCUGUAAUACUGCCUGUGAAGUUUCCCCAGUUUUUUACUGGGAAGAGAAAACCAUGGAGGGCUUUUCUAUUAUAUGGUCCACCUGGAACGGGGAAGUCCUAUUUAGCAAAGGCAGUGGCAACAAAAGCAAAUUCAACUUUCUUUAUUGUUUCGUCAUCAGAUCUUGUUUCAAAAUGGAUGGGUGAACGCGAAAAGCUAGUCUCAAAUCUUUUCCAAAUGGCUCGUGAUAAUGCUCCUUCCAUUAUUUUCAUUGACGAAAUUGAUUCCUUAUGUGGCCAGCGAGGCAAAGGCAAUGAGAGUGAAGCAUCUCGACGUAUCAAAACAGAACUUCUUGUACAGAUGCAGGGUGUAGGCAGCGAUGAUCAGAAAGUUCUAGUUCUUGCCGCCACGAAUACUCCAUUUGCUUUGGAUCAGGCCAUCCGUAGGCGUUUCGAUAAGCGAAUUUACAUCCCUCUCCCAGAUUUGAAGGCAAGGCAGCACAUGUUUAAGGUUUUUUAUUUAAUCAGGUCCAUCUUGGAGACUCCUCAUAACUUAACUGAAAGUGAUUUUGAGCAUUUAGCUCACAAAACAGAAGGAUUUUCAGGUUCAGACAUAGCUGUUUGUGUUAAAGACGUUCUAUUUGAACCUGUUCGUCAAACCCGUGAUGCAAAAUUCUUCAAAAAGAACUCUAGUGACAUGUGGGUCCCUUCCGAACCUACUGAACGAGGAGCUGUUCAGGUUACCUUGCAGGAACUUGAUGCACAAGGCCUAGCUUCAAAGAUCCAGCCACCACCAAUCACAAGAGCAGAUUUUGAUAAAGUACUUGCAAGACAGAAGCCAACUGUAAGUAAAGCUGAUCUUGAGGUGCAUGAGAGAUUCACGGAGGAGUUUGGGGAAGAAGGCUGAUUGCUUGUGUUUGAACACAAGGACUGAUUAACCAUUUGUACAGGUAAAACCACUAGUACUAUAGGUAAAUGAAAUACGUAUAUAUAGUCAUCAACAUAGCUUGUAAUAGAAAGUUCAGCAUCUUGUUAAGAGAACACCGUGCCAUAUUGUUUCAACCUUUCUCUGUCUGUCUCACCAGAAAAGGAAGAGGUGGAAAGCUCUUAAUUGAUGUACAGUGUUACUGGUGAUAGUUUCCAUAAUCAAUAAUGAUUGAUAAUCUUACCAUUUUUUUCC